AUGAUCAGCAACAAGGUUGUGGUGAGUGGAGUGCGGAGGCUGAGCACCAUCUCUGAGCACGACCCAGACAAGGUAGAUACUGACCUCAGCUCUCAGGAUCCCAUGGGAGGCCGGGAGUGGGGCGGAUCCAGUUUCUCACUGUGUUCCAACAAGCACAUCAACAACAGUAGCGAUCACUUCUCCUCCUUCGAAUCCCAUCAGCCUGACGCCGGGGAUGAUUGUGCUGCCAUUCUACUGGCCUGCCUCUACUGCCGGUUCUAUGACAUCGUAGUUAUGGUGCCAGACACAUGUGAGAGAGCUGUAAGCCGCUGUUUCCCCUCGUUCAAAUACCUCAACGCGUCCAGGGAGCAGGAGCGGACCAGUGGCUGGUGCAACUGCAGUGUAGAACUGGACUGCAGCUGCUGCAACUCCUGUCAAGAGGGAGCCGAGUUACUGGAACUCGCCAUGGAGAUCUCUGAAGUCUGCUACCGAUGA